UCAAUACAUAUUGCGGCAGAAGCCCUACCUCCCCAACCCACGCCAGCACUCCCACCCCAACCGCCAGCCCCACAACCACAGCCGGCUCCUCAUCAACCAAGGCAACGGAGGCGUGCUAGGCCACCAAUUUUCAGAACCCGUGUCAGACUUUUUGGGAUGCCAGAUGAUGUGGUGGUGCGUAGAUACCGGCUGCCACCACAUCUAAUCCUAGACACUCUCUCCAUAAUAGAGAGUGAUCUGGAGUCUGAAAUUCGGUAUCCUACAGCAAUACCACCAUUGACACAAUUCCUUGCAGUGUUACAUUUUUUGGCCACAGGAUCAUUCCAGCAUGUGGUUGGAGACCUGGUUGGCAUGUCGCAGGGCCAGUUCAGUAAGGUCCUGCGACGUGUCUGCCAGGCUUUCCUCAAGCGUGUUAAGCAAUUUAUUGCUAUGCCUUUGGAUGUUGGUGCCCUAGAUGUGGUGAAGCGGCAAUUUGCGGAAGGUGGUAGUCGCUUCCCACAUGUUAUUGGGGUUGUGGAUGGCACACAUGUAGCUAUUCAGCCACCAAAACAUAAUGAAGAAAUUUAUAGAAACAGGAAACUGUUUCAUUCUCUGAAUGUAAUGGUUGUUUGUGGGCCAUCCCUCCAGAUCCUUUCCCUGAACGCAAAGUUUACUGGAAGUUCCCAUGAUGCGUAUGUCAUUAGACAAUCAGGGAUAUGGCAGAGAUUAAGAUCAAGUCAACGACCAGACAUGUGGUUAUUGGGAGACCGUGGAUAUCCUUGCACCCCCUGGCUCAUGACUCCUUACCGUAAUCCCAGGCCAGGACCACAGAUGGCAUUUAACUCCGCGCUUACUGCCACUAGGCAGCUGGUGGAGCGCACAAUUGGUGUCCAGAAAGGGCGGUUUCGUGUGCUCCACCGCACUGGUGGCGACAUCAUGUAUUCGCCGGAGAUGGCAAGUAAAAUAGUGGUCCUGUGCGCAAUACUCCAUAAUAUCGCGGUAAGGAGUAGUGUAGAGCUUCCUCAGGCAGAGGAAUUGCCUGAUGAGGAGCCAGGGGUUGUGCCACGCUUCGGUGGGGGGAGUGUGACACGGAGGGGGAGCCAAGUGAGGGCAAGAAUUGUAGCAGAAUAUUUCAGCUGAAUGAUCACACGAACUGUGGACAACAACAACGGCAAAACUCCCCACCCCCUUCCCCUUCUCACUCCCCCUCCCCUUCUCACUCCCCCUCCCCUUCUCACUCCCCCUCCCCUUCUCACUCCCCCUCCCCUUCUCACUCCCCCUCAGCUUCCCAGUCCCCCUCAGCUUCCCAGUCCCCCUCAUCUUCCCAGGCCCCAUCAGCUUCCCUGGCCCACUCCACUUUACAUUCCCCUUCUCACCACACCUCUCCAUCUCUUUCUGGGACCCCUUCUCCUCCUUCCCAUACCCCUUCUCCUUCAAAAUCAACAUCACAAUCUGAACCACCCUCACCCUCUAUUGCUUUAACUUUUUCUCCGCCCCCCUCGCCCUCUCAAUCAGACCCCCCCUCUGAAAUUGCGGACCAAAUCCAGCCUCCUUCCCCCAUCCAGCCUCCUUCCCCAAUCCCUCCUCCUUCCCCAAUCCCUCCUCCUUCCCCAAUCCCUCCUCCUUCCCCCAUCCAGCCGCCUUCCCCCAUCCAGCCAACAUCCCCACCAAGUGAAUGGGCAGAGGAAGCCCCUGCCGAACGUUCCGGGAGUCUGGAUGUUGCCGUGGAAAAUGUUGCAGUUGGAGAUCCCACAAGUUUUUCAGGGAUACUUUACACCAUGCGCCAACACCUGCAAGGAAUGAUGGAUUGUGUGGACCAUUUGCAAAAAUUUGCUU